AUGUUCGCAGUCGCCCAACACACCGUGUUCCUCUGGACUGCUCUUCUGUUCGUCCUCCCAGCUGUCAUUUCAGCACCCACCAAGUCGACCAAAUGCACCUAUCCCAAGAUUCGCCGGGAGUGGUCCACUCUCCCGCAGUCAAAGCGAGAUGCGUUCCACAAGGCGGUCAAGUGCCUUCAGAGCAAGCCUAGCAUCGUCGAGACCGGCGGAGUCGCUAAGAACUUGUACGACGACUACACCUACGUCCACUAUACCAUCAAUCAAACCAUUCACAAGGUGGCUGCGUUCUUCCCUUGGCAUCGCUAUUAUCUCCUUAUCCGGGAAAGGGACUUGAGCGACUGUGGGUAUUCUGACGGAAUCCCUUACUGGGACUGGACCCGCGACGCUGGUAGCGUGAGCGACUUCAAAAACUCGCCGAUAUUCAAUCCCAAGACGGGUUUCGGAGGAACCGGCUAUCCCGAGGGCGACAACUCGACGGCAAGCUGCGUCAAGAAGGGGCCAUAUGCUGGGAUGCGUGUCAACUUCCCCGAACCUCAUUGCUUGAGGCGUAGCUUCAAUUUGACCAGCGAUAUGCCGGGCAAUUGGACAAGUUCGGUAGUGAAGAAGAUCAUGGAUUACCCAGACUACAUCCGCUUCUGGAAUGACACUGAGCGCAUUCCUCAUGAUAACAUCCACCGCGCUGUCGGAGGAGACUUGAGGCGCCAGUUCUCACCCAAUGAGCCUCUCUUUUUUGUUCACCACGCCCAAGUCGAUCGCAUGUGGACCCUUUGGCAAGGUCGUAACAAGACCCGGCUCUCGGAUUACGGAGGAAAUACUGUCCAGAAUACAACCGUCAACACCGCUAGCCUCGACGAUACGAUGAAAUUCUUGGGUCUGGCAGAGGACCGAUCUGUCAAGAGUUUGAUGGACACUUUGUCCAAUGGGCUUUGCUACAAGUACGAUGGAUGA